AAGUUAUGACCGGAAGUCGUUUUUUUUCUGCUUCACGCUGUUGAGGAAACCUGCAGUUCCCAGUCACAUCAGCUAUUUCCUCAUUGAGUCUGAAGAUACCAGAGAUGAAAAAACAAGACACUGAAGAGUCUCCCACCCAGGGCAGUGAGGAUGCUCCACCAACGGCAGGAGGGACGGAGUCACCUGCAGCUGCUAAAGACAGCUUGGACAGCAACAGCCCCAAAGAGUCUGAACCACAGACGCCACAGACAGACACACCUCCACAAAGCGAUGAGGCAGGAAGCGAAGUUGCAGAGGCAGCGCGGUCUCAGUGUGACAUGGCUGAGGAGCUGAGCCGACAGCUGGAGGACAUCCUCAGCACCUACUGUCGGACGAGCAUUUCAGACGAUGCCAGCACCCUGCCCAACGGCCAGUCGCACAGCCCAGAACUUAAUGGCCUGACCAGGGUCGACGGCAAGCCAGAGGAAGGCAAAGUAAGCGGCGGAGUGGAGAAGGAGCAGAAGAAGACUCAGGAUAAGAAGAAAGUGAAGGGUCUGGGCAAAGAGAUCACUCUUCUCAUGCAGACUCUGAACACAUUGAGCACCCCAGAGGAAAAGCUUGCAGGCCUUUGUAAGAAGUAUGCGGAACUGCUGGAGGAGCACCGUAACACCCAGAAGCAGAUGCGAGUGCUGCAGAAAAAGCAGAACCAGCUGGUCCAGGAGAAAGACAACCUGAGGAACGAGCACAGCAAGGCCAUCCUAGCUCGCAGCAAGCUGGAGAGUCUCUGCAGGGAGCUGCAGAGACAUAACCGCACACUCAAGGAAGAAGGGAUGCAGAGAACACGUCUGGAGGAGGAGAAAAGGAAGGAAGUGACCUCCCAUUUCCAGGUGACACUGAAUGACAUCCAGGCUCAGAUGGAGCAGCACAACGAGAGGAACGCCAGUCUGCGACAGGAGAACACAGAGCUGGCUGAGAAACUGAAGAAGCUCUACGAACAGUACAAACUACGUGAAGAGCACAUAGACAAAGUGGUAAAGCACAAGGAUCUGCAGCAGCAGCUGGUGGAUGCAAAGCUUCACCAGGCUCAGGAACUGCUGAAGGAGUCAGAGGAGCGCCACGACAGAGAGAAAGAAUUUCUGCUGAAAGAGGCAGUGGAGUCUCAAAGGAUGUGUGAGCUGAUGAAGCAGCAAGAAGUUCACCUCAAACAGCAGCUGUCACUGUACACAGAGAAGUUUGAAGAGUUCCAGACCACUUUGUCCAAGAGCAACGAGGUCUUUACUACGUUCAAACAGGAGAUGGAAAAGAUGACUAAAAAGAUCAAAAAGCUUGAGAAAGAGACGGCCAUGUAUCGGUCAAGGUGGGAGAGCAGCAACAAGGCGCUUCUGGAGAUGGCAGAGGAGAAAUCUGUGCGUGACCGUGACUUUGAGGCACUUCAGGGUAAAGUCCAGCGGCUCGAGAAGCUGCGGCGGGCGCUCAAAGUCGAACGUAACGAGCUCAACAAGAAGGUUCAGAACCUCAGUGAUCCCCACAGUGGCGCCACAGGAGCCCCCACCUCUGACCCAGGGACUGACUCCCCCUCUCCACCACCUACAGACUCUCUGCUGGAGCCCAGCAGCCACCCUGUCCCAGACCCCGCCCCCUGCUCCCAGUCCUGCCACUGUGACCCUGAACUGGAAACAGAUGCCCUACUAGAAGGGGCAACGGCUCUGCCCAUCGCUGCACAGGAAUGAAGCAAUGCUGCUCCCCCUCCUCCUCUCUCCCCUCCAGUAUCAAGCCACCAAACAAUAAGCCACCAGCAUGCAAGCCACUACUCCUCUGCUGGAUGAAGCUGAUGUGAAACACUGGUCCAGAUAACAAGUUCACUUGUGUCCUCCCAGCAAGCUCUUUAAAAGGAAGAUUGUGUCACGCCUGUCAGUACAUUUAUUAGCACACCAUAACUCAGUUACUGUGAAUAACCUGAUUGAGCAAAUAGUUUAAUUAGAUGGUUUGUUAUAACCUAAUUUUCUCAGUAAUCACAUUUUUACGAUUCAUCUAUUAGUGUGGCUAAUUUCUCCAGGCAGCCUGCUGAAAACAUAUCAGCACUUAGUAGAGAAGGACAACUAUGAGUUAUUAUAGGGAUGUUGUUAAAUUUCCAGAUUUAUAUAUAAUAACAUGUGUAAGUCUUAAAAUUAGCCUAUUGGUGGUAACACCCCAAAAAUCAUGCUGCUAUCAGUCCACAAUCUCACUGGCACGUGCCCUGAAUCAAAAUCCAGCUGUUACACGUGCUUGAACUUAACGACCUUUAAUAACGUGUGUGUGUAAAUGUGCAGACUGCCUCUGUGUUGUUUUACCACAUCCAACACAGAACUGCAUGUCAGGAUGAAUAACAGUGCUGCUUGGGACGACACAAGACAAACAGGUGUAUGGCAAGAGGAGUCAUCAGAGACCGUGUGUUGUGUGUGGGUGUGUGUGUGUCGACUCAGUCUGUCUAACGUGCGUCUUCGAUUCAUAGCUUGCAGUAUAUAGAAGGCCACUUCUCGUAAGUUAAUGUUUAUCUUUAUCUUUACAGAGAUAUCAAACACAUUUUUUGUAGCUCUUAAUAUCAUAAAAAAUAAUAUAGAUUUCUGCAUAAUUAUUGAAGGAAAUGUUCCAAUUUGACUUUUUUCCCCAGUUUUUUUUACACAUGCUUAGACGUUCCAAACACUUUCCAAUAUUAGUUUCCAGUUUUCCAUUCUACUCUUAGACCAAAUGUCUCUGUUUUCUUGUUUGCAUUACACCGUUUCUUUUGUGCAGUGUUUCAAUUUUUGUGGUCUGUAUUUAUUGUUCGAAUCAUAAACUCUGACAAUGAAAUGUAUGUAUUUUACAGAGCACCACUAUAAAAGUAAAUCAGAUUAUUUUUUAUUCAUUUAGAAAAUGUAUAAAGGUGUAACUUUUAUGAUCAAAGUUUCAUUCCUAAUCUCUGUUGAGUUACUCCAGUUUUGUUUUAUGAUUUUCAGUCUGCUUGUAUUUUUUUUAAUGAUCACCACUUUAAACUUGUUUUCCAUUCCAUCUUUGUGUGUGUGUGUGUGUGUGUGUGUGUGUGUGUGUGUGUGUGUGUGUGUGUGUGUUGCUUACAUGGCUAUGAUUGUCUCCUCCCAGCCCUGGUAAUUGCAGUAGCUUGUAAUCAGGUUUUAACUAGAGAAUGUUCAAGGACCUCUAUGCAACGCUUGCCUCUUGGUUUUAUUCUGUGGCAGUCUGAACUGACAAGCACUUAGCUGAGAAUGUAUAUUCAUUAUAUCCACUGUCCCGCAUGGUAUUGUAUUAACAGACAACAUAUCUCACAGCAGAACUCUAUUUUUGCCUAAGUUUCAACCCUGUUAAUUGCCUCACAACUGUUAUUUGACAUUGAACGUAAUAUUGUGCAUCUCCCUGAUGCUUUUAAAAGGUGCAGUGACUGAGCCGGGUGGGAAUAAGGAGGGAAAAUUAGAGAAAAUGUUAAUGGACUUUUGAAUUGUAGUUUCACUCCCAAACAUGUCAUUUCCCCCUUCAGACAUUCUAAUGUACUACUUGAUAUGUAGCAUUGGUAACAAUGUGUCAACUUACAGAAUCAGUCAUUUUCAACUUGAACAGAAAUGGCAAACCUAAUUUCUUCCAUAGUCUCACAGGACAGACUCAUUGCAGCCUCCGGUCCAGUGGUGGAUAUGGAGGUUCAUUGACCAUGAGAAGGAACCAAAGAUGUUUCCUUUUUUGUCUUUUGCAGUACUUUUAUCUGGCCCUGUAUAUUUUGUUUCUUGUUAAAUAAAAGAUGUAACAGUGUA